CAUUGACAAAAAGAGUACACAAGUUUAUUUUAUUUAGCCAUUUAUAAUAAAGGUCCAAAUUCUCUUCUUUCUAAGGUAGGAGCAGGAAAUAAGUUCACGUGGGUAUUGCAUUUUCUGAGUACUAAUCAGGCUUGAUGUUGCUUCUAUGAUCGGACAAAUUUUGGACAGAGACAUAUUCUGAAAAUUGAAACUUCUUUGGUCGGACAAAACGCCGUAUUUACAUGACAAUUAAAAGACUACAAAUAAUCCAAUACAAAAUACAAUGUCUUUAUUUAUAACACAUAAAACACAGUUUAAUAAUCAACUUGCUAAAUAAUCUAAUUCAUGAAUAAAUAAUUGCAUUUGAUCAUAUAUUUACAUGAAUUCCAGCUGUGACGGGAAUAAAUCGCAAGUGACACCGUCAAUCAACGAAGAAAAUCGAAAACGUUUUAAGAUAACUGAUAUUUUGUAGGGAGAUGGGGAGAACGCACUAAUCUGAAAUUAGGGUUAUCUUUAAACAGAUAGCUGCAUUUUCGAAUUUUCCAUGUAAAUCAUUGCAACCUGUCUCUUCUCUGACAUUUAAAAGCAAAUAACUGGUGAUUAACGUCCAUAAUGGUUGUUAUGACUACGUAUUAUAGUCGUACAUGAUGUAAACAAAAAAAUAAUCACUAAAUUGUGAAUGAAGCUAUUCUAUGAACUGAAAAUACCAUAGAAAACUUCGAUUUUUAUUGAUAGCAAUGCCUAAGAAUGCACGGGUUUUCAUUCAUUAUGGUCCAUAUAAAUCUUGCUGGACAGUUAAUUAUCAAACCAAACGUUUGGAAGGCUUGCAAAAUGUUCUAAGAAAGAGUGGCCAUACUGUGGAGCUGAGGGAAAUUCUUGACUGGAAUGCAGUACAAGUUUGGGUAAAUGGAGAGUUAGUCUUCAAAUGUAAUAUUCAAGAUCUUGAUUUUGGAGGUGAUGGAUGGUUAGAUCCCCUUUGUUCUGAAGCUGAAGAUAAAGUCACUAAAGCUUUUUGAUGUUGAAAAUAGGAUAAUAUGACUUAAGAUAGAUGAACAGUUAACCUGGCUGAAACACGAACUCUUGCUUUAUUGUUUCAAGUUGAGUGCCUCACUGUUUUGUCUUCUCACUAACAACAAAUUUAAUAUUAUCAAGAUAUUGGGGAAUCAGAUCUCAGUCUUCAUCUCACAAAGGUGUCUAGGCAAAAGCAACCAUAUUUCGAAAACGAAUUUUUGUGGUUCUCUCACCUAAAAUGAUUGUAAUCCUUGAUACUAUAUUCCUAGUAAUGAAGAAUUUAGUACAAUAACUUUGUCAUUAUUAAGCUGGUGUUUGAAAUGUGAAAAUCAAAGUGCAAUGGAGGGUUUUAGUUUAGAGCAUCUUAAAAUAGUAAGUUUGUAUCAUAGAACUAAAGUAGUUUUGGGCAGGUUGGCAUCAAAACGGUUAAAAUCUAAUUCCUUUGAUGUGUGUCCACUCUUCCUUGAUAAUAUUUCUAACAAAGUACUCCAUUCAUGUUUCAUAUUAUUUUAAAAGUAAUGAAAGAUUUGGAAGUGUUUAGUAUACUAAAUUUCACUUAGUCAACAUGAUUGAGCAGACUUCUUUGUAUAUCAAGGACAACACUGUUUACUGUAGUAUUCAUAUUUUAAGAUGGCAGGGUGUGAUUUGAGAGAAUUUGGUUGCCAACUGACAGUAUAAAUGCUCUACCAUUAUAUUAAGCUAGCGUUGAGAUAUAAACUCUGUCUCUUCUACCAUUCAUGUUUAUAUCUAGCAGCCAAAUCACACUGAAACCAUACCUUAAUAUUUGUCAAGAAAAGAGACAUAUAUAUAUGUAUAGAACAUCGCAUAAAUCAUUUCCAUAGUUUUAAUUAUUUCACUCAUUAGACUAUGACCAUGCUGGGGCAUCGCCUUAAAGGGUGUACUUGAUAAAAUCAGUCCCAGUACAUAUUCUUAAAAUUUGGUUUCUAUCAGUCUCCUUUUGCCGAACUACUAUGUUAUCAGGACAUAAACCAACACCAGUUGUCAAGCAGUGAGAAAGCCCCCCACCAUUCCUCACACAUUUUGUAAAGGGAAAUUGAGCCUCCACUAUUUCUGUUUACCAAAUUCACUCACAAAACAUUGGUAAGCCCAGGAAGACACUUGCCCAAAGAACCAAGUAGUGUAAUUGAACCUGGUUGGGAAGUGAACAUCUAAAAGCACACAGCCUUGCCUGCAACUGUAGAGGAUGUAUUAAUAAAUAAAUAUUAUUCAAACCAAAAA